UUUGUCUUCUCUGUAGGGUUUUAGGGUUCCGGGGAAGAAAAUUGAAAAUGCAACUAACCCUUGAAUUUGGUGGGGGAUUGGAGUUGCUAUGUGACUCUGUGAAGAUCCAUAAUGUCAGCAUCAAUCCUGAAAAUGGAGUGGGAAAGUUAGUCAUGAAAGAUUUGCUCUCUUGGGUCCGUUCUAAUUUGAUCAAGGAACGGCCAGAAAUGUUUAUGAAAGGCGACACCGUAAGACCUGGUGUUCUGGUGCUUGUAAAUGAUUGUGAUUGGGAGCUGAGCGGGCAGCUUGACACAACAUUGGAAGAGAAAGAUGUGGUUGUGUUCAUAUCCACCUUGCAUGGAGGCUAACUUCAUCAGGAAUGUCUUUUUCUGCUUCUAUCUACUAAAUACUUGUCUAAGAUGAUAUGGUACUACGCCAUUUUAACCUUUAAAAUCUGUAUUUUCCACCUGAAAUUCGUCCGACCAUAUGAUAAUCAGAUUUUGCAAGAAGCAAGAAUGAAUAAAGGUGGCUACCAAUUACAAAA